AUGAAGUUUGGGCAAGAUCUUGCUGAACACCGGGUGCCUGAGUGGCAAUCUCAGUAUCUCGACUACAAGAAGGGGAAGAAAAAGCUCAAGAAGCUCAGCAAGAAACCAAGCAUACUGAAAAGCUCUUUGACGCAGGGCAAGAGCAAUGUAUCUGAACACCGAGAUCAAGGCACAUGGGCAGGGUCUCCCUCCUCGGAUGCCCAUAAGCCUGUUCAUAAUAGUUCUUCCCACACCGAGGAUUCUGGAGUUGAACGUUUGCAGCUUUUCAAAUUGCCCUCUCCCGCUUUACUUCCCUCAGACGGCAAAUCAUCUCCAGAGACGCUUCCUCGUAAAGUCAGUGAUACCACUCCUCUGCUAUCCAGUGAUGACCCUAAACUGAGCACGGGUAGUAUUAAGGAAUCUCCGAAGCUUGCAGGACAGAUUUCGAGACAUCAAUCGACGGUGUCGCGUUUUAUUGUGAAUCUCAAAAAAGCUCACUCUCUCACUUCAAGUCCUGCUACCGGCACCGAAAUGGAGGGAUUGGCACGAUCAGCUCGCGAGGAUUUCAUUGGAUGGGUCAAUUCGGAGUUUGAUAAAGUCGAACGGUUCUAUAGAGAACGGGAGGAUGCAUGUUUGGACAGAUUCCUUGUUUUGCAGGAUCAGGUCGUUCAACUCAACGAGCAGAAACAAAGAUCGUCCCGUAAGCUAUCCAAGCUCCGUGACUUGCGUAAGAAACGCAAGGGCCUAGAUAACAAUAUGGUGUCCACAGUGUCCUCAAUUCCGCUCGAGGGCCGCCAUUCGUCAGAUACGAGCACGACGCACUCUUACGAGGAGUCAUCUGAUGAAGAAGGUGCCAUAGCUCGUGCCAUACAUAGCAACUUCUGGUUCGCUGCUUAUUUGACCAAACGCAAAUUCAGAAUAAUUAACAAAUUCGACACUCCUUCCCUUCCAAAGUUCGAAUGGCUCAGAGAAAAUGGGUCUGCUGAAAAGCAGUAUUACAAUGAGGAUAGAGAACAGGCUCACGAUAAAAGACGCGAUUAUAGACGGCGCAAAGCGGCGCAACCGGCAAUACCAUACUAUUCCGCAAGAAAGACACUCAAAAAGGCUGUUUAUGAACUUUACCGUUCUAUGGAGCUCCUAAAAUCGUACAAAGUGUUGAACCGUACCGCUUUCCGCAAACUCAUCAAAAAAUACGAUAAAGCGACAGACGAUAAUAUUCUUCCUAUAUACAUGCGCAAAGUCGACAGCUCUUAUUUCGUCACGUCCGACCUUUUAGACAAUCUGAUGACAAAGAUAGAAACGAUAUUCACGGAUGUCUUUGAGAAUGGGAACCGCAAAGUGGCACUGACGAAACUGCGGUCCAAUGAGGCCGAGAAACAACAUUACUUCUCCACAUUCUCGGGAUCUUUUAUGCUCGGGUUUGCCAUACCUGUAUUCGCCUACACUAUUUAUUUGGCAUUGCAUAAGAUGAAAACAGGUGAACUACCGGAAGGAAGGUACUUGUUGCAGAUCUGGGGUGGCUUCUUCUUUUGCUGCCUGAUGGGCCUGCUGUUUUCCAUUAAUUGCUACGUUUGGAGCAUAUACAAAGUGAAUUACAAGUUCAUUUUCGAAUUCAAUCCCAGGGAUGCUUUGGACUAUCGUCAAUUCUUUGCCAUGUCGUCGGUCUUCUUCUUUCUUGGAUCCGUUCUAGCCUGGUUCAGCUUUGAGAAUUUCUGGAGCGAUACAUUUGAUGGCAGAAAUUGGCCAUGGAUAUAUCUUGGAGCCAGUGCACUAAUUCUUGUGUGCCCAUUCGACGUCCUGUUUUUGAAUUCUCGCACUUGGCUACUUUCCUCGAUUUUCAGACUUAUCCUUUCAGGACUCUACCCGGUGGAAUUCAGAGACUUCUUUCUGGGAGACGUUUUGUGCUCCUUAACGUAUUCAAUUUCUAACUUGUCGAUGUUUUUCUGCUUGUAUGCUACCCAUUGGCGCGGGUGCCUGGACGGUUCUGGCACGACAAAGUGCGGAUCUUCAAGAUCCCGACUCUUUGGAUUUCUAUCGACUUUGCCAAGCAUUUGGAGAUUUUUACAGUGUCUCAGAAGAUUCGCAGAUACAGGCGAGUGGUUCCCACAUUUGGCCAACAUGGCAAAAUAUACCGGCUCAAUUCUCUACUACAUGUCCCUGAGUCUGUAUCGUAUCGAGACCGUGACCAAGUACAGAGCAUUAUUGAUCACGUUCGCGACAGUUAAUUCUAUUUAUUCUUCCAUGUGGGAUAUAUUCAUGGACUGGUCCCUUUUACAGUUUGACUCACAUAAUUAUCUACUCAGAGAUCAUCUGAUCUUUGAGAACAAAUGGUAUUACUAUACGGCCAUGGUGGCUGAUGUUAUUCUGCGGUUUCAGUGGAUAUUCUAUGCUUUCUUUGAGAGACAGAUUCAGCAGUCGGCAGUGACUAGUUUUUUCAUUGCCCUUGCGGAAAUCAUUAGACGGUUUAUCUGGAUAUUCUUCAGAAUGGAAAAUGAACACGCCACAAACGUCCAUCUUGCUAGGGCAUCGAGGGAAUUGCCGCUGCCGUAUCCUAUUACUGUUCGAAAGACCACAGCCCCUUGCGAGUCAAGUGCAGCAGAAGCGGAACGUGAAGACGAAGUGGCCGCUGAAUCUCUUCGCGAAAACAGUGUUAUAGGCCAAAUCUCCAAAAUGCUCAAUAGCGCACACAUCAAAGAUUUCCAGAGAAGAAAGACGCCCAAAGAAUGGAGAGAGGAGGACGAAAGCGAUGAUGAUGAUGACUGA